AUGGCGUUAGAGGCCAUUCCCUGGGCAGUUCCACCGGAGAUGAUUUCUACACUGGCAACCAAGCCCAGCACCACGGAGGCUUGGGAGAGCCUCAAGGCCAUGCACAUCAGCACCAAUCGCGUGCGGAAAGCGAAAUCCCAGCAGCUCCGCAAGGAGUAUGAGGUGAUCCAGUUCCAUGACGGGGAGGCAGUGGAGGAUUUUGCGCUGCACCUGAGCGGUCUGGUGAACCAGAUGGCGACCGUCGGUGAGGUCAUCGACAACACAGCUGUUGUCGAGAAGUACCUGCGCAUGGUGCCUCCCAGGUUUGCGCAGAUCACCCUGUACAUUGAGACUUCUCUUGAUCUAUCCACACUAUCCAUCGAGAAUGUGACCAGUUGGUUGAAGGCAGCUGAGGACUGCUGCAUGACAAAUUGCCAAAACUGCGGCAAACUUGGCCAUUGGACCAAGGACUACCGGCAACUGAAGCGCGACGAGCAAGCACACCUCGUGCAGGGUGACGACGAUGAGUCAAUCCUGCUGAUGGAACAGGCAUGCGCCCUCACCGACUCAAUGGAACUGACGUACCCCGGGUGCGUUGAGCUCGAUGAGAUGCGCGCACAGGUGAACCUUGGUUGCGAAGGCAAGAGCCAAAGCGAUGUGUGGUACCUGGACACUAGAGCUAGCAACCACAUGACUGGCGACGAUGACACAUUCGCGGAGCUUGACACCGGUACCAUCGAUUCGGUCAAGUUUGGGGACGGCUCCAUUGUUGACAUCCGAGGUCGCACCACGGUGCUGUUCAAGUGCAAGAACAGUGAUCACCGCGCCGUCACGGACGUCUACUUCAUCCCCAAGCUGAAGAGCAACAUCAUCAGCAUUGGUUAG